AUGUUGUAUCCUAAGCCGCUAGAAUUCAAAGGAUCCGACAAAUUAGCGGUGGAUUCCAUCUCCUCUUACGAGACUUUCGUCAAACUCUCAACAGCCUUACUCCAAUCACUCGAUAUUGUUGAGUACGACGGAGAAUGUCUCACGGCAGAGCAGGGCCAUCUGGAGAGGCUUGCUAGCACCGUGGUUGUUAGGAGAGUUCGUGUUUCAUUGGACUUUACUUGCAACCAAGACCAGCCCACAGCACCAAGAACCAAGAGGGCCCUUUUACGAGAAGAAUAUUUUGGACGAUGUUCACAGUUCCGACGGGGAAUACUGGAUCUUUGA